UUUUUUUUGCCAUUGCUGGAAAGCAUUGCAGCGAGUCGGGCGCGCCCUUCUGAUUCUGGGCUGGAAGCUGAGAAUCGGGAGCUGAGAUCAGAAUAUGGGGCUGGACUGCAGAGAAGCUGAGAGCAAUCUCUCCUCAUUCUCCCACUCUUCUCUCCUCGUUUAGCUCUGCCCUCUGACAGAGAACGCGGGGAUCCCCUGCUAUCUCCUCCCCCCGCCCCACACGCACGCACACACGGGUGCGCGCGCCCCGAAAGACUAGUCUGCGGAGAGGGAGCUCUGUGGUGUCGGAAUAGCUGAGUUCUCAUAGCUGCUUCUGUCCAGAGAGAAGCAGAGCGUGGAAUCCCCGAGCAUAGACUCUAAAAGGAACGUGUAGCUACUGGGAAGAGAAGGGAAAGAAGACAGGGACUAGGGGAGAUCUCGGCUGGUUCAUGGGGGCCGGGGAGCACUAAAAACUGGAGCCGCGGGGCCGCGUUUUUCAGCCCCGGAGAUGACUUGGAAGAGCUGCCUUUGGGAACUAUGUGGAGGGUGGCUGCGAGCCCUGCUACAAAAUCUCCGGCUGGGAUAGCCGCCUCCAGUGGGGGCUAUGCGGGCAGCGCCGGACGGCCAAGGGAGCGCGCUGGGGUGGCAGGAUGGGAGAGCCCCCUAACCUCGGCUGCUGCUGAGGCGGCCGAAAUGCUCGACUGCGCAGCGCGCCCCACCGCAGCCUCGACCUUCUCCGGCGAUCCUGGGAUCGCAGCUGGCGACCAUGGGCAGACUGGGCUACUGGGCGUUGCUGGUGCUGCCGGCUCUGCUGGUGUGGCGAAGCCCUGCACGAGCUCGCGCGGAGAAGGGGCCCCCGGCGUUGAACAUCGCGGUGCUUCUGGGCCGGAGCCACGAUGUAACAGAGAGGGAUAUCCGUAACCUGUGGGGCCGGGAGCUGGCAAGUGAGCUAGCGCUCGACGUGAAUGUGGUGGCCAUGUUGGUCAACCUUACAGACCCCAAGAGUCUCAUCACCCAUGUCUGCGACCUCAUGUCUGGCGCCCGCAUCCAUGGGCUUGUGUUUGGGGAUGACACGGACCAGGAAGCCAUCGCACAGAUCUUGGAUUUUAUCUCCUCACAGACCUUCAUCCCCAUCCUGGGGAUUCAUGGUGGUGCCUCCAUGAUCAUGGCUGAUAAGGACCCGAUGUCUACCUUCUUCCAGUUUGGAGCUUCCAUCCAGCAGCAAGCCACUAUUAUGAUGAAAAUUAUGCAGGAUUAUGACUGGCAUGUCUUCUCUGUGGUGACUACCACCUUUCCUGGCUACCGGGACUUCAUAAGCUUCAUCAAGACCACGGUAGACAACAGCUUUGUCGGCUGGGACAUGCAGAAUGUGAUAACCCUGGAUACUUCCUUUGGGGACGCCAAAACACAAAUUCAGCUAAAGAAAAUCCAUUCCUCUGUCAUCCUGCUUUACUGCUCCAAGGAUGAAGCCGUUCUGAUUCUCAGUGAGGCUCGCUCUCUGGGCCUGACGGGCUACGAUUUCUUUUGGAUUGUUCCAAAUUUGGUUUCUGGCAACACAGAACUCAUCCCCAAAGAGUUUCCUUCAGGCCUCAUUUCAGUCUCAUAUGAUGACUGGGACUACAGUUUAGAGCAAAGAGUAAGAGAUGGGCUGGGGAUUAUCACCACUGCUGCCUCCUCCAUGUUGGAAAGGUAUUCAUUCAUUCCUGAAACCAAGACCAGCUGCUAUGGACAAAUAGAGAAACCUGAGGUUCCUCUGCAUACCCUACACAAAUUCAUGAUCAAUGUGACAUGGGAAGGCAAAGACUUGUCUUUCACAGAAGCAGGGUACCAAGUGCACCCCAGGUUAGUGGUGAUUGUGUUGAACAAGGACCGAGAAUGGGAAAAGGUGGGGAAAUGGGAGAACCAAACCCUGAGUCUGACACAUGCCGUGUGGCCGAGAUACAAAUCGUUUGCUGACUGUGAGCCGGAUGAUAACCAUCUGAGCAUCGUUACUCUGGAAGAAGCUCCAUUUGUCAUUGUGGAAGACAUAGACCCAUUGACUGAGUCCUGUGUGCGAAACACUGUGCCAUGUCGGAAAUUUGUCAAAAUCAACAAUUCAACCAACGAGGGGACCAAUGUAAAGAAAUGCUGCAAGGGCUUCUGUAUUGAUAUCCUGAAGAAGCUAUCUCGUACUGUGAAGUUCACCUAUGACCUCUACCUGGUGACCAAUGGGAAGCAUGGGAAGAAAGUCAAUAACGUAUGGAAUGGAAUGAUUGGGGAAGUGGUAUACCAUCGAGCAGUCAUGGCAGUAGGGUCUCUCACAAUUAAUGAGGAACGUUCAGAAGUGGUGGACUUUUCUGUUCCUUUUGUGGAGACAGGAAUCAGCGUCAUGGUUUCACGAAGUAAUGGCACAGUAUCUCCAUCUGCCUUUCUAGAACCUUUUAGUGCUUCUGUAUGGGUGAUGAUGUUCGUGAUGCUCCUCAUUGUGUCUGCCAUGGCUGUUUUCAUAUUUGAAUACUUCAGUCCAGUUGGCUAUAACAGGAGCUUAGCCAGAGGGAAAGCUCCACAUGGACCUUCUUUUACUAUUGGAAAAGCUAUAUGGUUGCUCUGGGGCCUGGUCUUCAAUAAUUCUGUGCCUGUUCAGAACCCGAAAGGGACCACCAGCAAAAUCAUGGUGUCUGUUUGGGCCUUCUUUGCGGUCAUUUUCCUGGCCAGUUACACUGCCAACCUGGCUGCCUUCAUGAUUCAAGAGGAAUUUGUUGACCAGGUGACUGGCCUAAGUGAUAAAAAGUUUCAGAAGCCUCAUGAUUAUUCCCCCCCUUUUCGGUUUGGCACAGUUCCUAAUGGGAGCACAGAAAGGAACAUCAGGAAUAAUUACCCUUACAUGCAUCAGUAUAUGACCAAAUUCAAUCAGAAAGGAGUUGAGGAUGCACUGGUCAGCUUAAAAACAGGAAAGUUGGAUGCUUUCAUCUAUGAUGCUGCAGUGCUGAAUUACAAGGCUGGGAGAGAUGAAGGCUGCAAACUGGUGACAAUUGGGAGUGGCUAUAUCUUUGCUACUACUGGGUAUGGCAUCGCCCUCCAGAAAGGCUCUCCAUGGAAGAGGCAGAUCGACCUGGCCCUUCUUCAGUUUGUUGGUGAUGGAGAGAUGGAAGAGCUGGAGACACUUUGGUUGACAGGAAUCUGCCACAAUGAGAAGAAUGAAGUGAUGAGCAGCCAACUGGAUAUUGACAACAUGGCGGGAGUUUUCUACAUGCUUGCUGCUGCUAUGGCACUCAGCCUCAUCACCUUUGUCUGGGAACAUUUGUUUUACUGGAAACUCAGGUUUUGCUUCACUGGAGUAUGCACAGACAGGCCAGGACUGUUGUUCUCCAUCAGCAGGGGCAUUUACAGCUGCAUUCAUGGAGUGCACAUUGAGGAGAAAAAGAAGUCACCAGAUUUUAAUUUAACUGGCUCCCAGAGCAACAUGUUAAAACUCUUACGGUCAGCGAAAAAUAUUUCUAACAUGUCCAACCUGAACUCCUCCAGAAUUAAUUCCCCCAAAAGAACAACUGAUUAUAUCCAAAGAGGCUCCCUCAUCAUGGAUAUGGUCCCAGAUAAAGGGAAUUUGAUAUACUCUGAUAAUAGAUCUUUUCAUGGAAAAGACAAUGUUUUUGCGGACAACAUGAAUGAACUUCAGACAUUUGUGGCCAAUAGGCAUAAAGACAACCUCAAUAAUUAUGUUUUCCAGGGACAGCAUCCUCUCACCUUGAAUGAGUCCAAUCCUAAUACAGUGGAAGUUGCUGUGAGCACAGAGUCCAAAGGGAACUCUAGACCGCGGCAACUUUGGAAAAAGUCCAUGGAGUCCUUGCGCCAAGAUUCACUGAGCCAGAACCCAGUCCCUCAACAGCGGGAGAAUGGCUUGGUAGAAAACAGAUCUCACUCUCUGAAGAGUCCCAGGUACCUUCCUGAAGAGGUGGCUCACUCUGACAUCUCAGAAGCUUCAAGUCGGGCCACAUGCCACAUGGAACUUGAGAACAACAACAAACACCACAAGACCAAGGACAAUUUUAAAAAAAGGUCUGGGGCCUCCAAAUAUCCGAAGGACUGCAGUGAUGUUGAGCUCACCUACCUGAAAACCAAAGCAAGCUCCCCCAGGGACAAGAUAUAUACCAUUGAUGCUGAAAAGGAGCCCAGUUUCCACAUAGAACAACCCCAGUUUAUUGAAAACCUUGUCAUUCCUGAGAAUGUGGAUUUCCCUGAAGUAUACCAGGAUCCCAAUGACAACUAUCAAAAGGGGGAUGCUACACUUCCUGUCAACAGGACUCCUUUGCACAAUGAAGAUGGCAAUGUCCCUAAUAAUGACCAGUACAAACUCUUUUCCAAGCAUUAUACUUUGAAGGAAAAAAACUCUCCCCACAGUGAGGGGAGUGACAGAUACAGGCAGAACUCUACUCACUGUAGGAGUUGUCUCUCCAACCUGCCCAACUACACUGGUCAUUACACUACUCGGUCCCCCUACAAAUGUGAUUCCUGCCUGAGAAUGGGUAACCUCUAUGAUAUCGAUGAGGACCAGAUGCUGCAGGAAACCACAACCAACCCUGCCCACUCUGAGGAUACAUACGAGCAAGACUGGGUUCAGAACAAUGCCCUUCAGUUCCAGAAGAAAAAUAAGUUGAGAAUUAGCCGGCAACAUUCUUAUGACAACAUUCUGGACAAACCCAGGGAGAUUGACCUUGGAAGACCCUCUAGGAGCAUAAGCUUAAAGGACAAGGAGAGACUCUUGGAAGGGAAUUUGUAUGGAAGCUUGUUUAGUGUCCCCUCCAGCAAACUGUUGGGGAACAAGGGCUCUCUUUUCUCCCAAGCACUGGAAGACAAUAAGAGGAGCAAAUCUCUCUUCCCAGACCACUCCUCGGAUAACCCCUUCCUUCACUCCUACCAAGAUGACCAGCGGCUGGUCAUUGGGAGAUGCCCCUCUGACUCUUAUAAACACUCAUUGCCCUCCCAAGUGAGAAAUGACAACUACUUGAGGUCUUCCCUCAGAUCAACAGCAUCAUCGUACUGUUCCAGGGACAGCCGGGGCCACAACGACACAUACAUUCCCGAGCAUGUGAUGCCUUAUGUGGCAAAUAAUAAUAUUGUAUACUCUACCCCCAGGGUCCUCAACUCCUGCAGCAAUAGACUCACAGCCCAAACCAGACCCCAGAACUCAGGGCCCUGGAAAGAAUCUGUAUGUCCGCACAUCCGAGGCUACCUUCAGUCUAGGCUGUCAUCAAGAUAUGGAGACGCAUCUGGAAUAAUAGGCCCCAGCUGUUCCUGGUGAGGAAUCCAUAGGAACCCCUUCGGCCGUUGGUUAAUGCGGGUCAAAUGCUUUCUUUUGUUGGGUUUCACAGGCACUUAUUGCUAACUUAAGAGCUCAACAGUUUGCUGUGCAGUCAGAAUUCACAGCUGCAUAACCUAAAAUAUGUAUUUUUUUUAGAUGUCAAUAUGUGGAUCUUACAUCUGUGACACAGUGGACCUCACUAUUUAUUUAUCAUGAAGCCUCGUGUGUACGUAAGUUUGCAUCUCCCCCCUUCUGGUGACUACUCAGGGCUGUAUAGUAUCUCUUACCCCUUCACUCCAAAAGUAACUGUAACUCAUUCUUCACGGAAUGGUCCUGGUGGCAUCUAUUUAACCAUGUAUUGUUAUUCAAGUUGUCAAUGCUUUGUCACGAGCCAACAGCCAUAUGUUUCAUGCCAUCAAGAAGGAGCAGGAUGCCAUCUGUUUGCUGAAGGCUGACACAAUUUUACAUUGAUCAUAUUGCUCUGUGGAAUUGCAAUUUCCACCUCCACCACCCUCUUCCUGAUUCCCAAAUCACUAUACUCCCUAUAUGUUUAGUAGAUACAUGUGCCCAUUAAUUGAAUAUGUAUAUCCUGAUAAUCAUAGAGAAACCGUGGUAGGACAAGUGGUCUGUCACCUCAGACACAUUAGCCUCACUAAUGCCAGCCUGUUUGUCUACGCCUCUUUCAGAAAAGAAGUAUUUUUCCUCUCUAAAUCCACUGAAUUACUUAUUUUUGAUUCCAGAGGACAUAUUGAAAAGAAAAAAAAAUAAAAUUCCUUAAUUAAUUAUAUCAAAAUGAAAGUGGAAGAAAGGACUGGUAUAUCACACCAGUUUUUAAUAUGCACUUUAUUAGACCCGCCUCCAAUGGUAAAAACAAAAAUAAAAUAGUAGAAUGUAAGUAAAAGUCCAGUCCACAAAAACAUGUACUUUAAAUCCUGAAAGAAUGUGAGAUCCUACCCUAACCAUAAAUAUUCUGAGGUACUCCUACUCUUACAUGAUAUGCUCUGGAAAGUUGCCUUGAAUGACCCAGAAUCCCUCUGUGCUUACAGCCAAAGUAGAAUUAUAGAAUUUCCUAGCUGGAAAGGACCAUACUUUAGAUCAUUCUAAUCCGACCUCCUCAUUUUACAAGUGAGGAACUUACUGCCUCCAUUCCCUUCUCAGAAUUUCUCCUCUUUGAUGUUUUUUUUUUUUUUUUUUUUUUUUGAAAAACAAAGAAAAUCAUUACAUAUAAGGAGCUCUCCCUACUUUCACAUUCCUUUCUCCAGGCCAUGAUCUGAGAGGCUCAAAUGCCUCUCUAAAAGAGAGAUAGAAAUGGUGGGAGUGGAGAUAGGGGCAGAGGUUAGGAACCCUUUCUUCAAACAGUUCCUUGGUCUCCUAUUGGGAUUUAAAAUCCAAUAGAAUCCCUAUGGCACUUUAUACCUGAAGAAUUCUUGCUUCAGGAUUUUAGGAGAACAGCUUGGUGAUGGAGGCAGGAACAGUUACUGCACACAGGGCCAUCCCUAGGAAGUACAAGACCUCUCAUUCCCCUUCACAUUUUUAUCCAGAUGAAAUCUGGUCAAGUUCAACUUCAGCCCCAAGGUAGGGGCAGGGUGUGUAUAUGUAUGUAUGUUUAUGUACGGCUGCCUUUAUGGGAAGGGUGAGGCGACCUCACCUAUGAUGCCUUGUUGUAUGAGGGGGGGAAAGAAAGGACUCUGUUUUGGAUGUUAUUUGCUGAUGCUUAUUGUAUUUUUCUUUUUGAUUGCCUAUGUGGGAGGGAUGAUGGGGCCUCACCUAUGAUGCCUUGUUGUAUGAGAGGAAAAGAAAGAUAUUCUGGUUGGAAUGAUUAUAUGCUGAUGCUUAUUGUAUUUUUUUGUCAAUGCUGCCUCCUUUCCUUUUUCCUCAAUCAUAUCCCAGCUGCCUGGUUUCCCAUAAUAAUAGGGAGGCCUAAUCCCAAUUUGCUGUGCCCUGGGGUUGCUUAGCACCCCUUUAUGACCUUAUUACUUUGUACAGAAAUCUGUUGAGAGCUUUUCGCCUUGCUUACAUGAGAACAUUUGUUGCUCACUAACUUAUUGUACCUCCAAUGCUAUAGACCCUACAUUUCACUCCUCCCGUUGUCUAUUCCCUUUCUCUCUUUUGAGAAUGAAAGCAUUUGAGCCCAGAACCAUAAGUGGAUUAUUGAGAAAAGGUGGGAAAAUGACAUAUUCCUGCUCUAGCCAUGUUUUGUGUAUUCUCUCUAUGUAUCCUAAAACCUUAGGAGCUUCCACAUAUAACAGGGAGCAUGGAAAUUUCAUUGGAUUGACCAUCAUAGUCCAAGAAAAUAAACCACAUCACAUCUGCUAUCAAUGCUAUUCUUCUAUAAAGAAACUUGGAAGUAGCUUCUAUUUAGGAGAGGAGGGGAGACAUGAGUUUGUAAGAAAACUAUUAGAAUUCUAAAGGAUUUCAAAGGAAGCAAAAAAUAAGGAACGAUAAAUGAUAGGGAUAGAGAAAUUUCCUUCAUUUUGCAAUUGAAGAAGCUUUGGCCCAGAAAGGAGAGGUGACUUACUUGUGUUCACCCAUGGAGUAAGUGGAAGAGUAUGGACUGGAUCUCCUGACUCUCACUUCACUGGGGUUGUAGCUUUUAUUGCUACACCAUACUACCUCUAACAAAUAUAUGAGUUUUUUCAGUCAUUGUGCCUGAGGGUUUAUGUUUUGAUAUAUACAAAAACCAAUUCAUUUGACUUGAUAUAUUAUUUUAGUAGUAGAGAUAGCAUAGGGUCAUUCUACAUUAAUCCUAAUGUCCAUCCUUUGAAGGAAGAAUGCUUAAACAUGAAUUUCAAGUUAUUUGUAUUUGUGUUAAGCAGAAUGAAAAAAAUGUGGAACCCUCUUAAGUGGAGCUGUGAAAUAUUAAAUCCUUGAAAAUUCUACUUGGCCAGCUUUAGCAGACAUGGGAAGGCAAUUGAACCUGUUAUGCUUGAGCAGGAGUUAGUUUAUUUUGCUUAACUUAAAUGGCUUGGAUGAAUGCUAUGUGAUUUUGAAUGACCUUUAAAUAGUUGUCAACCCUUGGGCAUAACCUAUCAGGCUGUUUAAAGACAGGCAUGCACCAUUGGCAAAUGAUCAGGAUACCUUGUGUGGGCCAUGAUAGAUGCAUAUAUAUUAUAUUAAAAAAGCAGCAUGUGAAGCAACUAUUUUCCCAGUUCAUCAACUCCUACCUAAAAACAGGGUGGGCCCUUUGGAAGCAAAUGUCCUCCUGAUAGGCUACUAGAGAUCCCUAGUCCAUUGGGACUUCAAUAUCAUGGAAAUGAAGCUUCCUAAGGUCCAGAGCUCAACUCUAAGCAGAAUAACUUUUCAUCUCCAUCAUCCCACUAAUGUAAUUCAGCCCUGUUGUAAACCCUACAGCAGUUUGUUUGUUUCUAAAGAAUGCAAUCUUUAAAAAAAAUAAUAUAGUUAAUAUUACCAGUGUGAGCCAGUACCAUGAAUGGAAUUUCAUGGAUUAUAUUUUGUGUUUUUACUCUACAGUUUGACUCCAGAGUCAUGGUUUUCCUCUUCUGGUAAGAAUGCCAGCUAGAGAAAAAAAGAUAAUAAAACAAAUAAAAAAUAAAUAAAACCAACAAAACAAAACAAAACAAAAAAACUUGAACCCUGUUGCUGCUGAAUCAAUUCAGAGUUAACUCUGGGAAAAAUUAUAUAUACAUACAUAUAUAUAUACAUAUAUAUAUAUAUAUAUAUAUAUAUAGUCUUGUUUACAAAUGGAAUAUUUUGGCUUAAAAGAGAAUGAUAGUGUGGGUGUUUAAUUAGUCAAAAGAUACACAGCAGACGUGCACUUGAGCAUUGUUUACUCAAUUUGGUAUAUCUAUACUGAUAUGUAUUUAAUAUUCUGUAUCUUUCUCUGGAAAUGACAAAUGCCCUGAAUUCUUUGCAAGUUGAAAAUGCUAAUGAAAAACAAAAGUGUUAAAAUUAAUUAAGUGAUGAUUAAAAAUUUAUCUCCUUUAAACCUAAAAUGUACGGCUUUCAUAACUGGGUUGUCAUAGAAAUAAAUACCUUAUGUUGGAAUCCCUUAUGGUGCCAGACCUAAAUAAAUACUAAUUUGGGAAGCUUAAAUAUCAUUCAAGGGAGUUGAAGGUACUUUCUAUCAAUGAGUCUGUUUCUGGUGGCUUAUUAGUAUAUAAGGUCAUUACAGAAAUUUAGGCUUACUGUGCAUGGAACUGUUAACGACAAGUUGUAUAUUUGGCUUUACUGUGGACAAACUAUCACUCAGUGAUGGCAAGAUAUACAGAAAUAGCUUUACUUCAAUGUGGGGAAAAGUUUAGUAUAACUCAAAUGUAUUUGAAUCUAAUUAAAAUAAAGCAAAGAUUUAUACUGUAAAGUCUUUCUCUUUCCAGUAUAGCGUUUGUUUAUUUAUUUUUACAGAAAACAAACACAAAACUGCUAUUCCUUCCCAGAUGGUCUCAUUUUCACUUCUUUGGAGCAGGAUUAUAUGAUUUCCAAAGGUCUUGUGCUUUAACAUGUCACUCAGUUGGUGACUUUUUUGCCCUUUUAUUUAUCCCUUUAUACUGUACUAUGUUAGCAUCAAAUUGUAUUAGAAUAAAAUAGAUUUAUCACUGAUAACAAGCAGAAGUAAUCAAAUGCACUUAUCCUGUGAAUAUGCUAGUGUACACAUGUAUAUAAUAUACAUGUUAAUACACAUAUGAGUGUAUUAUUCACAUAAUAUUGUAUAUAUUGUAAAGUUACUACUGUUAAAAUUAAACGGUGAUUAUGAUAUUAACAUAUGGAAAACCCAUUCUGGUUAUUUUAAUUGAAUGAUGUCUGUGUUAUAGAGGUCAGUUUCCUGGUGUCUCCUCUCUGAAGUGAAAACCGACCCUUCCCAUCCUCCUGCCCUCCCCCUCCCCCAACUCCUCUGCUAUUUAUACUAAUGGAAAUUGGGCAUUUGGCACCUGUUUUUGUUUUUGUUUUUUUGUUUUUUUCCUCUGAAGGAAGCUGAAGGACUUAGAGCUGUAAGGGACUUUAGAAAACAUCACACUGAACCCCAUUAUUUGACAGAAGAAACUGAGAUAAAGAAAGCAUAGGAUAGAACCCAAGCUUCCUAAAUCCAGUCUAGAGAAGGCUCUACUAUAAUCAAUUGCCUCUUAUCUAGCUCUCCAGCUAGAUGACCUCAAAUCAUGAACUGGUGCUUCUGAAUCAAAAAGUAGAAAACAGCCCAGAAGAGGCUUCUUUGACUCUUAGGAAGCACAAGUUGGAACUUUCCUGUUUUUCCUUGGUUUUCUCUUUGAAGUUUGCUGGAAUUAAUUCAUCUACUCUCUCCCCACUCCUCUUUAUCCGUUCACCUAUAGAAAGUGAAUCUCAAUGGUUAUUUCUAAGCAACCACCCCAUCCAAAGAUAAAGCAUAGGGAAAUGGGAUUGGUUAUUUAUGAAUCUAUGCUAAAAUGUAGAACUGAAAAGUUUAUUUGCAUUUUUGUUUCCAGCUGCCUUUCCUUGAAGAAUGAAAGUUAAUCAACUAAAUUGAAUACCUAAUAUGUGCCUUGAACUCUCCUAGGCACUGUGGGGGAUAUCGAAAUAUAAUUCCUGUUCACAAGACACUUUCUCUUACAUUAGUUUAUUAAUAUAACAGAACUGAAGAUAUAUGAAAAGUGCAGUGAUUUAAAACCAAUUAAUACUUGGGAGCAUCAAAAGAAAAUUGCCAGUUUCUAUUCCAUAGUCAGAUAAAUUGCUCCAAAGCUUAGUUACUUCCAGGAGUAAGAUGAUUAGAUUAGAAGCUGCAUUCGCCCUUCUGAAGAUUUUAGGCUUUACAGAGCAGGAGUGACUCAUGAAAAAUUUCAAUCUGCCACAGUACUUUUGCCUACUCUUGCCCAACCAAUUCAGGGAUGUUACAUUUCUACUCAAGUAUACAAAAUCUUUUCCCCCCUCCCCCCCCCACCACCAUUGCCUUAUGGCACUCGGUUUGAAAAGAGAAAUAAACUUCAAUUGAAGAAUAGGGAAAGGAUAAGGCCAAGUCCAUGAGACAGCUUUCCUGAAUAUAUUUUUUCUUUUUUUUCCAAUUGAGAUAACGUGAAAACCAUGUUUGCUAGAUGAAUGUGUGAAUGUUAUGGUGAGAUCAUGAAGAGGAAUAAAUUUUUGGAUGGGAUCUAAGUGCCUAUAAUUGUAGCAGCUGAUAAAUAAAAUGACUAGUCAGUUCCCUGGAGAAAAAUAAAAGGAUUUGGAGUGUGAUAGUGAGUAACCAAAAAAUAAAAAUAAAACCAUUCUAGAAAUUAUCAAAGGAUUGUAUAUUUUGUUCAUUGAAAGGCAUUUUCAAAAGGUGACACUUCAUCUUGUGAAGAAAGGAAUAGGUUUGUCAAAAUGUGGGCAUUUUGUCAACAAAUAUUUAAUGAUAAUACCGUAGGCCUAGAGGGGUCCUCUUUGGAGUUUCUUCUUGGAGGUCACCUGAGAAAUAGCUCUCUGCUCUUAGUUCUUUAUUCUUUUCUCAACAUUUCAGACAAGGAGAUUCCAGGAUUCUUGUUUAUGUAUUCCAUUGUCUUAUAAUCUGUGUGUGGUCAAGAAGUUUUGUGAGUAAGUUCACCUUUGAAUGUUUAGCUUGUAAUGUCUUGAACCUCCUACACUUAGCAUUACCAUUCACUAUCCCGAAGAGACUUGAAGACUGUUAUUAAGUCCCCUCCUCGUUGCUCAUUGCUCUUCAUCUUAUCCUUCUUUUGCUGAGUCCUAAAGUAUGGGAAUGGAGGGGGGCACAAUUCCUGUACAUUACUCAUGUUUUCCUUAUGCUAAUAUUUAUUCUUUGUCCAUAGAAUGUGUGUGUGUAUGUAUGUGUGUGUGUGUGUAUAUAUAUAUAUAUAUAUAUAUAUAUAUACAGUAUAUACACAGAUACAGUAAUCCACACAUGCACAUGUAAAAAAGAGACCCUUCCCUUCUUUCUUUAAUAAAUUCCCUCUAACACAUCUAUUUCUUUCUAAAUUUGUUUCAACCAACAAUGUACAUUCCUGAAAGAUUACUAUAUUUAUGAGUUAUUCUCUCUUAUUCCUUUUGAUUAGAGAUUCUGAACCUGGGAUCCAUGAAUAUACACAAUGUUGUGCAUGCUUACAGAUACACACAUAUACAUUUCAAUGUAAUAUAUAUAAUAUAUAUUUUAAUCCCAUAUUUUUUGCUUUGUGUAUUUAAAGCUAUUAUUCUGAGAAAGACUCCACAGAUUUCAUGGAACUACCAAAAAGGGUCCAUUACAGAAGAGUCAAAGAACUCCAGACCUAAGUGUUUAAGAACUCUGAUCUUCAAGAAUGAUUGGAUUCUGUAGAGUGGAAUUAUAAAGAAAUCUUUUUUUUAUUGAAUGUGUGAUCUAAAGCUGAAUUUACUAUCAAACAUGCUGAGGACAGGUAGUGAUCUAUUCUCUCUGCAAGGCUGGCAGUUGUAAUAUGCCUCAAUAUCUUAACCUUCCUAGCUAAGUAUUAGAAUGGGGAUUAAAGUUUACCUAGAGAAUGGUUGUUUAGCUUGUUCCCUUUAAAUAUUAUUGAAUUGUGAAGCUCUAGCUUUCACUGCAGAGAGAGCAGAAAUAGUUAAAUUCCAAGUGAUGGAACUGAGAACAUGAAAGUCCUAUCUUGUCAAGCCAAAUUUCCCAGUCAAUGAAAGAGGAAGGAGAGUUCCUAGGAACCCUAUCGAUGAAAAGUUCAUUGAGUUAUGUAGGGUCAUCUUAUGUAGGCAUAAAGACUGUCAUUUCCUCCUUAAUGAAAAAAAAUAUUUUUUAUUUAUUUUGCUAAAUGGGAAUAAAAACCAUUUCUAAAUAUUAGAACAACUUUUGUUUAGCUUCUACUUUGAAUACCAGUUUUUGAGUUAUAAUAUAAAAAAAAACUUUUUUCUCAAUAUAUAUUGGGAAGAAAUAACUGUGUUUAUAUAUAAAGGUGCAAUUUACUUCCUCAAGCAGGAAUUCUUAGGAUUGUUUGUGUCACAGACCCCUUUGGCAGCCUAUGGACCUUUUUGAAGUCUAUGGACCCUUUCUCAGAACAAUUUUUUUCUUAUGUACAAAAUAAAACACAGGUUUACAAAGGAAACCAAUUAUAUUAAGAUAGUUAUUAAUUUUUUUAGAUCACAGAACCUAGAUUAAGAACUCUUGCCUCAAAGUUGUAUCUCUGAAUAAAUAAAAUUAAUAGGAAUAGAUGGGGAGAGAAAUCUGUCAUAUUAUUUUAAAGGCAACCAUUCCCACUAACCCAUAUCCAAAUUACAAGAAGUCAAAAAGAAUAUCCACUAUCUUUAGCAACCAAACAAGUCAGAAUUCAGCAUCUUUCAGGAUAUUGGUAUCAAAUACAGUGACAUUAUAAAUGUUCUUUUUUGUGAAAUAUAGGGUUUUUUGGGAUAACUU